AUGGAUGGAAACAAAGUUGGAAUGGCACGUUUUUUCAUGUUAUUUCUUUUUGCAAAAUUGGUUUCGGGGAAUUUUAGUGACGAACAGUCCACGGACAUACAAGACUCAGCUGUUUGGAAACGAGAAAAAGUCAAAACUGAACAAAAAGAGGAAGAUUUGCGAUCAGAAAAUACAACUUACAAUUCCUUUGUGGACUCACUUCUCCAUGAAACAAAACGCAAAAGCAAGAAAGUUGCUCCAAGAAUUUCUUAUUUCCACAAAAGAAAGAGUGUUGCCAGCAAGGUUAUCCCUGAAAUUGCUCGAGUUCUUGCAAAACACAUCGAAGGCAUGGAACCUCAGUUUAAGUCAGCUUCCUUCAAUCAGCUGUGGCAAGAGCUGAGAGAACCGCUGACGAACGUAAUGAAACCGCGAAAAGUGGAAGAAUUGCUGACUGAACUGGAGCAAUGCAAACUGGGUGACGCGCAACAUACAUACGAGUUUCCAACCGACGUCGAAAGUAUCAAAAGAGACUUAGUCAUUUGCAAAAUCGGCGAAAUUCUGGAGGUGAAUGGAGAGGAAUCGUCCAAGAACCAAGGCAAUUAUGCACACAUCUGGAGUCUUCUAAAAAAUCCGCUGACCAGUUGUUUUAAGGUCACAGAGCUGUCGUCGCUGAUAAAAGACCUACGGAAAUGUUUGCCGCGAUUUGAGCUGGCCGGAAUUAAGUACGUAGUACCAAGCAAGAUGUCUGAAGUGGCAAGGGACGUAGUCAUUUGCAAAGUCGAUGACGUACUUAAUAAAUCUUUCAGUGAGAAAGGUUCUGGAAGUGAAAUAAUCCCAUAGGAAAUGCUUUUCUGCAUGCUUUCGCAAGGAUAUUGGUCUUAACUCUUGCACCUCCAAGACCGUCAUAUUUGAAAAUUGAAAAAAAAAGAUAAUCUAAAUUUCAUUUUUUAUGAUACAGUGAAAACAUGAAAAGAAACAAUAGCAUAGGAGAGGACUGCUUGAUGGCUUUUAUGUAAAUAUUCCAAGCUAGGUUUUCAUCCUCAGUUAAAAUCACACACACCAGGAGCCCAUGACCAGGAGCCUCCAUACGUACUGUACCCUUGAGUCAACCCUUUCCCGUAUUAAUUUAUUUUUAGAAUUGAUCUCCCGCAGGUUUCCCGCAUUUUCCACGCAUUCCGCCAUUACUGUUAUUAUUUCGCUGUAAGCUGUGACCAGCGGCGUGUGACGGGCGCGUGACGUAUACAAUAGCUUCCCUCUGAUUGGGCAUUCUAAAGAAUUUGCGGGAACACGAGAGCCCCGCGGUGUUCUAAAAAUAGAUUAAUACGGGAAAGGGUUGACUCCAAGGGUUAGUAUGGGAGAUGAAGGCUCCUGGUCAUGGGCUCCUGCACACACUGAUUGACCCACGGUUCGAUCAUGAAAGUAAAAGGCAACUAAGGAGAUAAUUAUUAGACCAGGUUGAGCAAAUAUCGUGAUUUAUCAGUGGCGAGCAGGUCAAGUUAUCCGGUUGAGGCAAAUAAUUGAUCUGUGAGACACUCCCAAAUCACGACAUUUUGCGAUAACCGAGUCCGAGAAUUGUUUUAACAUUCUAUCACCAAGUUUGUUUUGAUAUUUGAAUCAGUCUCUGACAGGCGAUCUGCCAAUUUUUUUACACAAGAGCUUGGUUAACAUUAUGUAUGAGCAGAAUCUAUUGAACAGAUUUGAGACCCCUUUAGGAGUUGGGGGGGG